AUGCAAUAUGAUUUGUGAAAUGGGCUGAUGGGCCACGAAAUUAUAAUUGGGCUUCAAAGUAGACCUCCUUCCAUGGUUCCCUAUAUUUAAGGCAAAAUAAUCCAAGUACUUAACUUUUGCCCAAAUCAAGAAAACAGUCGAUUAAAAACAGUGCUUGUAUUCUUGCUAAGAUAUGAAAGUAACUUACCCCCUCCUUGUUAGAACAGUUCAAACAAUGCUACUAUUAAAGUAAUCACUAUCGUUGGUUACUUUGUAAGACUUCCCCAAAAUCCAACAAGAAAGAUCAAAUAUCAUCCAUUCACCCAAUUAAGCCAGCCCUAUCCCAAAAUCCAAAAAAAAAAAAAAAAAAAAGCCAAAAUCCAAAUAUCAUCAAUGAAGUAAGCUGUCUCCAACAAAAUCCCCCAUGUGCUAUAUAUAUUGAAUUCAUAAACAUCAGAUGAGAAAUAUGCUCAAAUUUUUCAAUAGUCAUGGAGAGAAAGAGAUAUAACGUUUUACCAGAACUUUAUAUUCUAUUGAUUCUAACUUUCACAAGCAUCUUUGACACCUCUUCUGCAAAUGCCAACCAAGCAGAAACAUAUAUUGUCAACUUAGAAUCUCCUAAUGGCAUAGUGUUUGCUAAACCAGAAGACCAACAAAGUUGGUACCAUUCUUUUUUAUCAUCAAGCGGUAUCGGAUCGAAUAAAAAACCGAGCAUCCUCCAUGCAUAUCACAAUGUGUUCAUGGGGUUUGCAGCCAAGCUGUCUGCAGAUCAAGUAAAAGCAAUGGAAAGUAUAGAUGGAUUUGUAUCUGCAAGACCUGAAAGAAUGUACAAGCUCCAUACAACUCAUACUCCCAGAUUCUUGGGGUUACACCAAAAUUUUGGAUUCUGGAGAGGAUCAAACUACGGAAAGGGAAUCAUAAUCGGGGUUCUAGACACUGGAAUCACACCGGGUCAUCCUUCUUUUCAUGACAAAGGAGUCCCUCCUCCUCCUCGAAAAUGGAAAGGUAAAUGUGAAGUUGCAGGGUGUAACAACAAGUUGAUUGGUGCAAGGGAUUUUACUAAUAGUUCACCGCUUGAUAAAGAGGGACAUGGGACCCACACUUCUAGUACUGCUGCUGGAAACUUUGUGGACGGUGCUAAUGUAUUUGGAAUGGCUAAAGGCACUGCAGUGGGAAUGGCACCCCUUGCUCACGUGGCCAUGUAUAGAGUGUGUGAUGAUUUUGCUUGCUCUGAAAGUAACAUCUUAGCAGCCAUGGAUGCAGCCAUUGAAGAAGGAGUAGAUGUGCUUUCACUCUCACUUGGUGGAGCUUCUGUUCCAUUUUAUGAAGAUGGUAUUGCAGUAGGUGCAUUCAGUGCUAUUCAAAAAGGAAUCUUUGUAAGUUGUUCAGCUGGAAACUCCGGGCCUUUCAAUUCAACUUUGUCAAACGAAGCUCCAUGGAUUCUCACAGUUGGUGCUAGUACCAUUGAUAGAAACAUUAGAGCAACCGUUCAUCUUGGAAACAAGGCUUUGUUUAAUGGAGAAUCUUUAUUUCAACCACAAGAUUUCCCUCAAAACCUUUUGCCUCUGGUUUACCCAGGUUUGACCGGUGGUCAACAGGCAGCAUGGUGUGCGAAAGGAUCAUUAAUCAACAUUGAUGUCAAAGGAAAAGUAGUGAUAUGUGAUAGAGGUGGUGGCAUAGCAAGAAUUGAGAAAGGACAAACAGUAAAAGAGGCAGGAGGAGCUGCCAUGAUUCUACUUAAUCAAGUCACAGAUGGGGUUUCCACAGUAGCAGAUGCUCAUGUUCUUCCUGCAUCACAUGUUGGUUAUGAAUCCGGUGUCUCAAUCAAGACAUAUUUGAUUUCAACCCCAUCUCCUGUUGCUACAAUUACAUUUCAUGGAACUGUAAUUGGGAAUAAAACAGCUCCCGAGGUGGCAUCUUUCUCAUCCAGAGGGCCAAGCAUGGCAAGCCCGGGUAUCAUUAAGCCCGACAUUAUCGCCCCUGGAGUUAGCGUUCUUGCAGCCUGGCCAGUGUCUGUUGAAAACAGCACACACACAAAAUCAACAUUUAACAUGAUUUCAGGCACAUCAAUGGCAUGCCCUCAUCUUGCUGGGAUAUCAGCAUUGUUGAAGAGUGAACAUCCUGAUUGGUCUCCUGCAGCUAUUAAGUCAGCAAUCAUGACAUCAGCAGGUCAGGUAAACCUAAAUGGUGACCCAGUCGAGGAUGAGAGAGAGCUUCCUGCUGACAUCUAUGCCAUAGGUUCUGGACAUGUCAACCCGUCAAAAGCUAAUGAUCCAGGGUUGAUUUUUGAUAUAAAACCGGAUGAUUACAUACCUUAUUUGUGUGGUUUAGGAUAUACAAGCAAACAAGUUGGGAUCAUCGUGAAGAAAACAGUUACGUGCUCAGAAGGAAUAGAAGAAGCAGAACUUAACUAUCCAUCCUUCGCUGUUACUCUUGGAGUUGGUGAUGGAAAAGCCUUUGAAAGGACAGUAACUAAUGUUGGUGAAGCUAAUUCAAAUUACACCAUAACAAGUUUUUCUAUUCCAGAUGGUCUAUUUUUAGGUAUUAGCACUACAGAGCUCAAAUUCACUGAAUUGAACCAAAGUUUGACAUAUCAAACGUUCUUCCUACGGAAUAGAGAUUUUGAGGUCACAACUCCAUAUGCGGAAGGAUAUAUAACUUGGGGUUUUGGUAAAUACUCGGUCAGGACUCCAUUUUCUAUCAAGUUUGUCUGAGGGGCACAACCAAUUAGUGUUGUAAAGAGUCACAUACGUUUUUCAUGUUUUUGUUGUAAUUCCGUUCUCUAUCUGGUUUUUUCCUUUGAUGAAGAACAUGGAUGUUCGUCAUU